AUGCCUCGCUCAGCAGAGACCGCGAGUUUCAGGUUCAAUCAUACCAUGCUACGUGUGAAAGACGCUCAGGUCUCGCUCAAGUUCUACACCGAGGUUCUCGGCAUGGAGCUCGCAGACAAGGCCGAGUUUGAGACCUUCACUCUCUACUUCCUCGUCUACAAUGAGGGGGACCAGGUCACCAACCAUGAGACUCGUUUCGCUCGCGAGGGUGUGCUCGAGCUGACGCACAACCAUGGCACCGAGUCCGACCCCAAUUUCAAGGGCUAUGCCAACGGUAAUUCCGAUCCUGGUCGUGGCUUCGGUCACAUUGCCAUCACGGUCGACGACAUUCAGACGGCUUGUGACCGCUUUGAAAAGCUUGGUGUAAAGUUUCAGAAACGCCUUCAGGAUGGCAGGAUGAGGCACAUUGCCUUCAUCCUGGAUCCCGAUGGCUACUGGAUUGAGAUUGUCCCUAACCAUCUCCCGAAGAUCUAA